UCCGCCCCGCCGGUGCCUGCGCUCGGGGCGGCGGAGGCGCAGCGCCGGGCCGCGGCGGGGGUCGGGGCUCCGCCGCCGGGCCAUGAGCACCGCGCACCUCGCCGGCACCUCGUCCCCGCCGCUUGCAGAGCCGGGCAGAGCCGUGCCGGGCCGAACCGGGCCGGGCCGAGCCCGGCCGGGCGGCGGCGGAGGAGGAGGAGGAGGAGGAGGAGGAGGAAAAGGCGGUGGAGAAGGAGGAGGAGGCGGCGGAGCCCCCCCGGCGCCGUGCCCCGGGGGGAUGUGAAUGGCGCUGGGGGUGCUCGGCGGGGCCGAAAUGGAGUGGGAGAAGCUGCCGCGGAGGCCCGGGCUGGCACCGAGGGGGGAACGAGCCGAGGAAGGCGAGGGGGAGGCGGCGGGGCCGUGGCCGGGCUGCGGGAGGCUGCGGCCCUCCUCGUACCGGGCGCUGCGCAGCGCCGUCUCCACCCUGGCGCGCAUCGACGAUUUCUACUGCGAGAAGAUCGGCGCCGGAUUCUUCUCCGAGGUCUUCAAGGUGCGGCACCGCCAGUCGGGGCAGAUCAUGGUGCUGAAGAUGAACAAGCUGACGAGCAACCGGGGCAACAUGCUGCGGGAGGUGCAGCUGAUGAACCGCCUCUCGCACCCCAACAUCCUCAGGUUCAUGGGGGUGUGCGUGCACCAGGGGCAGCUGCACGCGUUGACAGAGUACAUCAACGGUGGCAACCUGGAGCAGCUGCUGGACAGCCCCGUGCUCCUCUCCUGGUCCACGCGCAUCCAGCUGGCCCUCGACAUCGCCCGGGGGCUGCGCUACCUGCACUCCAAGGGCAUCUUCCACCGCGACCUCACCUCCAAGAACUGCCUGGUGCGCUGCGAGGCCAGCGGCUACACGGCUGUGGUGGGAGACUUUGGCUUGGCGGAGAAGAUCCCCACCUACAGCGAGGGCAGCGAGAAGGAGCCACUGGCCGUGGUGGGCUCCCCAUACUGGAUGGCGCCCGAGGUGCUGCGAGGGGAGAUCUACAACGAGAAGGCUGAUGUGUUUGCCUACGGCAUCAUCCUGUGCGAGACUAUCGCUCGCGUCCCCGCGGACCCCGACUACCUGCCCCGCACCGAGGAUUUUGGCCUGGACGUCACCGCUUUCCGCACCAUGGUGGGAAUCGACUGCCCGGCCGCCUUCCUCCAGCUGGCUUUCCACUGCUGCAGUAUGCAGCCGACCUCCCGCCCCUCGUUCCUGGAAAUCACACAGUGCCUGGAGGGCGUCCUGCAGCACCAGCUGGGCGUGGAGGGCGCUGGGGCCACCCUCUUCAGCAUCAGGGACAGCCUGCCCGCACCCGGCACCACGCCUGCGCUCAACGGUACGUGGGUGUCUGGGGGGGUUUGGGGUGCCCCUUCCCCACCCCAACAGCUACUGGGGAGCAGGCUGGGGUGGGAGGAGGUCUGCAGGAUGCAGCCCUGCUUCUCACCGCCCGGCUGCUCCCCGUUUUGCCCCGUGGUGCCGGGGGGCACCCAGGGCACCGGUGACCCCCCUGUCCUGCGCCCCUGCCCAGGGGUGGCCGGGAGGGCGCCCAGCCGUGCCGAGCAGUCGCCCCUGCGCGAGCUGGGGACGCAGCACCUGCAGCCGGACCAGCGCCUGUCCCGCAGCCAGUCCGACGUGUUCCCCCCCAAAUCGCCCACCCCGCCGCGGCCGGCCGAGCCCUGCGUCGGGGCCAGGACCAAGGAGACGCCGGCGCGCGUCAACCCCUUCUCCCAGCGCGAGGACCUGAAGGGGGGCAAGAUCAAGCUCUUCGACACGCCCAGCAAGUCAGUCAUCUCGCUCACCUUCGACCUGCCCCCCCCGGCCCCGAUGCAGCUCGGCACCCCUGUCACACCCGAGCCAGCCGUGGAGGUGCAGUGUGACUUCUCGGCGCCCGCCGCGGCCCCACGCAAGUGCCACUCGCUGCCCGCCUCCCCCGAGCUGCCCCGCCGCGGGGGCCUGGAGCUGGGCGUGGGGUCCCCAGCCCGGCCCCACAGCCCGAAGCGGGGCCAGGAGGAUGCUGAAGAGCUGGAGAACGGGGUCCGUGCCUCGUCUCUCAGCCCCGCGGCGGAGGAGCAGAUGGACUGCAGCCCCGACAACCCCGAGCCGCCGCCACCGCGGGUCCCCGCGCCGGCACCCGCCACCAGCAACUUCAUCCGCACGGCGGCCUCGGGGGCCCAGCCCUGGCACCCGGAGCCGAGGGCACCCAACGGGCUGCUCUUCAACAACAACCACGUGGUGGUCAGCAAGCCGCACGCCUGGGGCAGCGAGCUGGAGCGAGGCUUCUCCGAGCUCAGCAUCCCCUGCGCCGCUGCGGCGCUGGAGCGGACGGAGCGCGCGGCCAUGCUGCCCGGGCACAGCGCCGGCACCGUGCUGGAGCAGGACGAGGUGCUGCCCUGCCCCGGCUGCUGCUUGGGGCCUUUCAGCUUCAGCUUCGCCUCCGUUUGCCACCGGCCCGCGCCCAGCCCUCCCCGCUACCAGAACCUCAACUGCGAGGCCAAGAGCCUCCUCUGCCACGAGCGCGGCCGCCUCCAGAAAGCCCCGGGGCCGAUGCUGGCGGAGCCCAGCCUGAAGCUGCCGGAGGCACAGUCCUAGUGCUGGGGACCGUGGCUGCGGCCAGGGGUCCCCAGGACCCCCCCCUAGCACAUGGGGUGGCUCUGGGAGCCUGGGGUUUUGUGUCCCCCUCCCCGAGUCUGUCCUCGCGCUCGCCCGGUGCCUGGUGGCCACGACGGCGCUGCCGAGGUGCCCGUCCCACUGGGAUCGGCCUCGGGGGGCUGUGGGGAGCCCCGAGGUGGGCUGGGUCCUUGCGGGGGUCCCGGUGGGGCUAGGCUGAAGUGCAAUAACACCGCUGCCCCGGGCAGCAGGGCUGGUUCCCCGCAGGGCUCAAGCCGUGGCUGCGGGACCCCCCCUGUCCCCAAGGGCUCGCCCCUCGGCGGGCACUCAGAGCCCCCCAGAGAAGGGGGAGAGAAGGGGGAUAAGCAGAUUUUUUGGGGGGGAGGGUGGGAAGGGGCAGAGCAGUCACGUGUGUAUGUGUGUAUUGGAGGGACUAUGGGGAUUUUUUGGGGUGUCCUUGCUGCCUCCUCACAAGGGGGGGGAGCAUUCCUGGUCCCCCACACGCCAGAGGCACUGUGGUGUGCAGAGGGGCGAUGCCGGAGAGGCGCAGUGUGCAGGUGGGGGGUGCCAGCUCUUGGCACUGAGCCCCCUGGCACACUGGGCCCCCUCCGGCCCCGCCACCACACCGGUGUCGGGGGGACACCUCCGUGUCACCUCCCCUCAGUGGAGGGCAGCCUGCGCCCCCCAGCACCUCCCGAGUGGCCGGGAGGGCACUGGGGGGGGGGGAUACCCAGCACAGGUGGGAGCCGGCUUUCCUCCCUCCCGCACCGUGCACUGGUGAAUGCAGAACUCUUGUGUUUUUUGUUUUUUUCUUUUUUGUUUCUGUUUUUUUAAUAUUAAUAAUAAUAAUUGCUAGUAAUAUAUACCCAGCUUAUUUAAAGUGUUCAAUAAAAACUGAAUGUCCCAGCGA